AUGGAUAUCGGGGAUGGCAACAAUCACAGUGCAAAUGCAGAUGAGGCUGGGGAUGAGAGCACAAGUGUGGGCGACUGGACGUGGAAAGAGGAGCGAACGUGGACGACAGACAGGGCGCGGCGGAUCAUGCAACGGACCAGCAUGAGACUGCUGGGAUGCCAGGUCAACGUGAGCAUGUGGCGGCACAUCGCCAUCGGCAUCGCUAACCGCUACUUGAACGAGUCGUUCGGCCGGCCGGGCGGAGACGACGCCGGCGUGGGAUCGGAAGAGGGGACGGACGAGGUCGAGGACAGCCCGUGGGACUUGCAGGCGGGGCACAGCACGCGGAUAGCGGGCAUGAUCUACGCGCGAGAGCUCAUGCAGUUCGGCAGCGGUCUCGCGGCGAGGCAGCAACAGUUCCGCCGAGUCAGCCGUCAGUGGCACAGGUUUCUGGGCUUCGGCGCCGAGGAUUCGGAGUCGAAAUGGGGUCCCGCGGGCUGCAAGAGGAAAAAGACGGAGGCGUACGAAGGGCCACGGCUCGCAGCCAGGCUCCGACGGUUUGAGAAGCUGAGGAGAAUCGACUUGGAGGGCCAGCUGCGGCAGAUGACGGGUGACGACUCGGCGAUGUUCCGCGGGAACCAGAGAGAAGCGGUGCUCGCCAUCGCCAGCGGGCACACGCCGAUCGUGCAGGUGAUGGGGACGGGCGGUGGCAAGAGCGUCUCGUUCAUGCUGCCGGCGUUCUGCUCGCCGGACGGAGUGACGGUGGUCGUGACGCCGCUGGUGGCGCUGCGGUCGGAUCUGCACAGGCGAUGCGUCAAGGCGGGGAUCACAUCUCACGUGUGGCAGGGCCGGAAGAACAACCAGGCGGCGUCCAUCAUCUUCGUCACGCCCGAGUCAGCCGUCACAAAGGGGUUCAGGGACUUCAUCGCACGGCUGGAAGGGAGGCAGGCGCUGGACCGCGUCGUCGUGGACGAAUGCCACGUCGUGCUCGAGGGGUCACGGAGCUUCCGGCCGCGGCUCAGAGAGCUCGGAGAGGCGAUUCGCGAGUUCGGCGUACAGACGAUAUGCUUGACGGCGACACUUGCGCCGACGGACGAGUAG